UCUUUGAAAACAAAAAGAAGACAUCAAAGUUAUAUUUUGUUGCGAUAAGAAAAAAAGUGCAAGAUAUUUUUCUUUGUUCCUUUAGAGAUCAAGAGGAGAGAUUACAAAGAAAUGGGUCUCCAAGAACUUGACCCGUUAGCUCAGCUGAGCUUACCACCGGGUUUUAGGUUUUACCCGACCGACGAGGAGCUUAUGGUUGAGUAUCUCUGCAGGAAAGCCGCCGGCUACGAUUUCUCUCUCCAGCUCAUAGCUGAGAUCGAUCUUUAUAAAUUCGAUCCUUGGGUUUUACCAAGUAAGGCGUUAUUUGGUGAAAAAGAAUGGUAUUUUUUCAGCCCGAGGGAUAGGAAGUAUCCGAACGGGUCUAGACCGAACCGUGUUGCGGGGUCUGGUUAUUGGAAAGCCACCGGUACGGAUAAAGUCAUCUCGUCGGAAGGAAGAAGAGUUGGUAUCAAGAAAGCUUUGGUGUUUUACGUUGGAAAAGCACCAAAAGGCACCAAAACCAAUUGGAUCAUGCAUGAGUACCGUCUCUUCGAACCCUCUCGCAGAAACGGAAGCGCUAAGCUUGAUGAUUGGGUUCUAUGUCGAAUAUACAAAAAGCAAACAAGCGCACAAAAACAAGUUUACAACAAUCAAAUUUUGUCGGGUGGUCGAGAAUACAGCAACAAUGGUUCGUCCACAUCUUCUUCGUCUCAUCAAUACGACGACGUUCUUGAAUCUUUACAUGAGAUCGACAACAGGAGUUUGGGAUUCGCCGCCGGUUCUUCUAACGCGCUGCCUCAUCAUAGUCAUAGACCGGUUUUAACCAGUCAGAAAACCGGGUUUCACGGUUUAGCCAGGGAGCCAAGUUUUGAUUGGGCCAAUUUGGUUGGACAGAACUCGGUACCGGAACUCGGACUUGGUCACAAUGUUCCGAGUCUCCGUUACGGUGACGGUGGAGCUCAGCAACAGACUGAGGGGAUUCCUCGGUUUAAUAACUCGGACGUAUUGGCUCAUCAGGGUUUUAGUGUCGACCCGGUUAACGGAAUCGGGUUCUCGGGUCAACAAAAUAGUGGAUUUGGGUUUAUUUGAUCAUGUAUUGGUGACGCAACAAGAAGCAAAACAUUUUAUUCUUUUCGUCUGAGUACUCAGAUUAAUUGAUCAAUGGAUAUAGUGUAGAAUUCGAACUCUAGGGUUUAGAUUUAGGUUCUACGACUUGUAUUUUGUAUAUUCGUCGUCAUUUGUCCUGACAAUUUACAUUUUUGUAAACUUUUAGCUGGCUCUUUUGUAUUAAUCAAUUUUAUUAUUAAAAUAAAAACAGACUGCA